CGCGCGCGUCGACGCGCACCGCGCGCGCGCGUCGGGCGUCGCGGACGCGGGCGGCGCUCGACGCGUACGCGAGGGAAAUCGAUCGACGCGAUUCGCGAUUCGGCUCGACGCUCAUCGUUGAGAAGAUCGACGACGACGCGCCGUUCGACGCGUUCGCGGGGCGCGUGCUGCUCACGCGCGCGGACGCCCCGGAUGCGAUCCUGAGCGAGUACAGCGAGAGGGCGGGGGAGGUUGGCGCGGGGGGGGUGUUCGACGCGUUUUCGCUCCUGCCGGCGACGACGGGGGGGGCGAUGAUCGGGAUUCUAGGCCUCGGGGGAGGGACGUGCGCGCGCGCGAUGGCGAGACAUCAUCCCGCGGUGCGAAUGAUCGGAUGGGAGCUCGAUCCGGCGAUCGUGGAGUUGGCGAGGAGACAUUUCGGCGUGGACGAGCUCGAGCGGAGCGGGACGCUUCGAUGCGAGACGGGCGACGCGUUCGGUGGGUGCGCCGCGUACGAUGGGCUCUUCGAUGGACUCGUCGUCGAUUGUUUCGACGAAAAUUCUACCGUGGUGGCGUGUCUGAGGGAUCGCGAGACGUGGGCGGCGUUGGUGAAAAAGAUGAAACCCGGCGGACGCAUCGUCGCCAACGUGAGCACCGGACGCGGAAAGGGCGCGCGGGUGGAAGACGCGGUGGCGUGUUCGCAAGCGCUCGCCGACGCGACGACGAAUGAGAUCACGCUCUGGCGCGCCGGGGCGUGUGGGAUAUAUAACGAGCUCGCGUUCUCCGGACCGCCCAUCGCGUGGGACGCCGUGCGCGAGGCGCAUCCGGCGCUCGCCAAGCUCACGCACGACUGGCAUUAUUUCUCCGCCCCGCCCGGGGCGCUCGCGGGUUCGAAUUGGCUCGCGAACACGCUCGGGUUGUGA